GUGAAUAGACAGACAGUGCAGGACUAUGGCUUCCUUCCUGUGGAAGGUCAUUAGUAACUACUGGAAUUCUGCUAAUAUCUAUCAGAUCCUGCAUUUAGUGUCCGUUAUCUGCACAAUACUGGUUCUGCUGAAACUCAGUGCAUUUUAUAAUAGGUGGAAGAAGCUGAGCACAGCUUUGCAGAGCUUCCCUGGACCUCCCAGUCACUGGCUAUAUGGACAUAUUCACCAGUUUCGUCGUGAUGGGAAAGAUUUGGAUCGUCUUUUGGUCUUUGUGGAGAAAUAUCCUGUAGCAUUCCCUCUGUGGCUUUCCAGAUUUGUAGCAUCAUUGAUUGUCACUACCCCUGAAUACGCCAAGGCUGUGUUUGCAAGAUCAGAUCCCAAAUCAUCGACAGGUUACAAUUUCCUGAUUCCUUGGAUCGGGAAGGGUCUGCUGGUCCUGUCUGGGGAGUCUUGGUUCCACCACCGCAGACUACUCACCCCAGGGUUUCACUACGAUGUCUUAAAACCUUACACCAAACUCUUUUCUGAUUCUACAAAUGUCAUGCUGGAUAAAUGGGAAUCUCUUUGUAAUAAAGAUGAAUCAAUUGAACUUUUUGAACACGUCAGCUUGAUGACGCUAGACAGCAUUAUGAAAACCGCCUUCAGUUACCAUAGUAACUGUCAAACCAAAAAGGAUAAUACCUAUAUCCGCGCUGUAUAUGAUCUUUCACUUCUUACUCAGACGAGGAUUCGAACCUUGCCAUAUCACAGUAGCCUCAUCUUCCACCUAAGCCCGCAUGGAUUUCGAUUCCGCAAAGCCUGUCGCAUUGCCCACCUUCACACUGAGAAAGUUAUUGCAGAGAGAAAAAAUCUUUUAAAGCAUAAAGAGGAAUUGGAAAAACUCAAGCAAAAACGACACCCGGACUUUCUAGACAUUUUACUCUGUGCUAAGGAUGAAAAAGGCCAGGGUUUGUCAGAUGAUGAUAUUCGGGCCGAGGUGGAUACCUUCAUGUUUGAAGGACAUGAUACAACUGCCAGUGGGAUCUCCUGGAUUUUAUACUGCAUGGCCACACAACCUGAGCACCAGCAGAAAUGUCGGAAGGAGAUCAGGGAGGUCCUGGGGAAAAAAGAUACUUUAGAAUGGGAGGAUCUAAGCAAGAUACCAUACACCACCAUGUGCAUCAAGGAAAGUCUUCGUCUCUACCCUCCCGUCCCAUCCGUAUCAAGGGAACUUGCUAAACCAAUCACAUUCUCUGAUGGAAGAACUUUACCAGCAGGCUGCAUGGUGAGUCUAAAUAUAUUCUGUAUGCACCACAACCCCAGCGUGUGGAAGGACCCAGAGGUAUUUGACCCUUUCCGGUUCUCCCCAGAAAAUUCUGCUAAGAGGCAUUCCCAUGCUUUUGCACCCUUUGCUGCUGGACCAAGAAACUGCAUCGGGCAGAACUUUGCAAUGAAUGAAAUGAAGGUGGCCGUAGUUCUGACACUGAAACGCUAUGAAAUAUUACCAGAUCCAUCCAAGCCAGCUCUCAAACAACCUCAGCUUGUCCUCCGUUCCAAAAAUGGCAUCCAUGUGUUUCUGAAGAAAGCAAGCUAAUCAAGGGGUACAACCAUCAAAUCAUUACACAUCUGACAACUACAUCAAUCAGUAUCAUUGAUCUGGAUUGUAUCCAGUUUCCUUCCUAGGGAUGGAUUCUGUUAAAAAGAUAAACUCAAGGAAUGGAAUAGUUAUCAUUUUGACAUCUAU